AUGCGGCAAAAGGAUGUCCACACAAACAUCAUGCUGGAUCUCGAAUGCGCAGCUAUUAACACCCACAACCCAGCGAUAAUUGAGUUGGCAGCAGUAUACUUCGAUAUCGACACCGGGGAGGAACUCGACAGUCUUUGUACCCCAGUGAGUCUCCAAUCCAGUUUGGAGCAUGGACUCAUCACAGAUGACAAUACGCUCGGCUGGCUCAAGAGAGAAAUCCCACAAACUUUGAAGACCAGCCAGGAGUGCUGUAUAUCUCUCCCUCAAGCCAUUAUGAGAAUAUCCAAGUUUGUGAAAAAGUCCAUAAGAGAGACUGAAAGCCGGCGAAUCAAAGCCGGUUUGCUAAAGCCCUACAAAAGCCAACCUAUGAUUUGGGGCAAUGGCAGCAUGGCCGACAAUACUUGGAUUCGGAGCGCGUAUAAGGCAUGCUCGAUGGAAGUGCCUUGGGAGUACUACAACGAUAUGUGUGUACGAACCGUUGUCAAGCAGGUGUGGGCACAGACGGGGAAGGAUUAUUCUUUACCGCCACUGGCUCCUCCCCGGCAAGGGCUGAAACAUGAUGCCCUUUCCGACUGUAGGUUCCAAAUCGCUUACAUAGUUCUGGCGAGGAACGAGCCAUGGUCAGAAGCUCCUACACUAGAUUUUAGUGCAAUAGGACCAGCUCCAGGAACGAGUGCGCUUGCGGCUUUGCCGGCCAAUGGAGGUACCUCACCCACGCGCAGCACGCCCAUUGGAUACCCAGGGGAGAAGAAACCGCCUGGAAGUGUUAGAAAAACCAUGGCGGUCCAUCACUCUGCCCGACGGCUUCUUUCUCCUGAAACCUCAUUUUCAAGAGGAUCGACGCAGGCAGAAGACGACUCUUUGACUGCCCCCGCAGUUGCGAGACCUGUCCCUCUAUCCAAAAGACAACUGCUGACGCCCGAGACAUCUUUUAAUGGUAAAGAAUUUGACUACGAAGAUGAGGGUCCUCCUGUGAAACGAGUUGACUAUAGGCUGGGGUCGGGGCCAGAGUUCCAAGAAGCGGAGUGGCUUGAAUUCCUUGAGCAGGAAGCCAAAGAGCCUUGA